CGCAUGCGUGACGCGCCGGCCUUGACUCCGGGCGCGGCCUUUGAAGAAGAACUGUAGCUGGGGAGUCAUGGUGCUGCCGGGGCCCUCCGCCGCCGCGGAAGAGCGGCAGAGAAAGCUCCAGGAGUACCUAGCAGCCAAGGGAAAACUGAAGUGCCAAAACACCAAGCCUUAUCUAAAAGCCAAGAAUAAUUGCCCGAAGCCUCCACCUUCUAAAUUGACUAUUAGACCUAAAGAGGAUGUUACCAACCAUGUUGCUUUGCCUGUCAAAGCUACAAGACCCAUCAGCAUUAAACUUCAGUCCAGACCUGCCAGUAUCACAGGGUCCCAGAGGCCAAAGUUGGAGCCACCAAAACUUCUGGGCAAAAAAAGGCUCACUUCAGAAUGUGCUUCUUCUAACCCAAACUGUAAGCCUUCCAGAAGUAGUCAACGACAGCAUGAAUUUGGAUCAUCCACUACUGGAAAACUGUCAAGAAAAACCAUGGGGUCACUUAAUAUACAGGAAUUGAAAACUACAAAGCAGCAGGUAACACAACAAGGAACUGCUAAAUGUACAGACUCUGUGGACAAUACUCAUGUUGAAAAUGAAUCCUUGGGUAGCUGUCUAAAAGAGAUGAAUAAAGAGAACUUGCCCCAAAUCUUACCAAACUCUGAGAGGAAGCCAAAUCCUGAAUUAGGCACUGUAAGUAAGCCAAAAACUAAUCAAACCAAGAGCAGUAUGGCUCCUACUAAAGAAGUCUUGGGCAAAAGGUCAGUGACUAGUGCUGUUCUGAAAGAGAGAGUUAAUAAACAAUUUGUUGAAGAAACACAAAUCAGGAUUCCACCAGAGAAGUCUCAGCAACUCUCCAGAGGAACAGAUCUUGCAAGACCAGGGGGAAAACCCCCAAAAACAGUUUCCUCUCACUUUGUCCAGACACUUAACAGGACUCAAGCAUCAAAGAAAACAGUGGUUAAGGACAUAAAGAAUAUAAAGGUUAAUAGGGGUAAGUAUGAAAGACCAAGUGAAACUAAGUUACCAUCAUGCACUGUUACUGAACAGAAAGUAAAACAUAGCAAACCCAGCACAUACCCCAAAGUGCUUCAAAGAGGAUGUAACAACAGACAUCCAAACACAAAGCAAGAUCAUAAACCCACGCAAGCUUGUUGUAGACGUCGGACAUCAUAUGUACUGCAAAAAUCAAAAGCCAUAAGCCAAAGGCCUAAUUUGACAGUUGGCAGCUUUAACUCAGUCAUUCCAAGCACCCCUAGCAUAAGAGCAAAUGGAGCCAAAGGGAAUAAAUGCAACAACAGCUGUCAACAAAAAGCACAGACUUUGGACUCCAAGUUGAAAAGGGCUCUUCCCCAGAACUGUUUUCUAAACAAGACAGCUCCCAGAACUCAAGCUGGUGGCACAACCAUAAAUGGAAGAGGACUCCCAAAUGGGACCCAAACUAAUCCAAAUAAGAAGACCACAGCAGAGGAUCGAAGGAAACAAUUGGAAGAAUGGCAGAAAUCUAAGGGGAGGAUCUAUAAACGGCCUCCUAUGGAACUUAAAACAAAAAGAAAAAUAAUAGAAGAAAUGAAUAUUUCAUUCUGGAAGAGUAUGGAAAAAGAAGAGGAAGAAAAGAAAGCACAACUUGAACUAUCCAGUAAAAUUAACAACACUCUGACAGAAUGUCUGCAGCUCAUUGAACGGGGUGUACAUUCAAAUGAAAUAUUUGCCAUUUUGUCCAGUAUUCCUGAGGCUGAAAAAUUUGCUAAAUUCUGGAUCUGCAAAGCAAAGUUGUUGGCAAGUAAAGGCACCUUUGAUGUUAUUGGGCUAUAUGAAGACGCCAUUAGAAAUGGGGCCAGACCAAUACAAGAGUUGCGGGAAGUUGUCCUUAAUAUUUUGCAAGACCCAGACAGAACCACAGAAGGAAUUACCUCUGACUCUUUAGCUGCUGAAACUAAUAUAACAUCAAUAGAAAUGCUGGCCGAGAAGACGGAGUCUGGGACGUCUUGUCUUCCUCCAAAAGAGAGGGAACAGGUUUCAGCAACACCCCAAAUAACCAAGUCAGAACAGGAUAAUCAUCCUGGUAUCAAAUUACAGAUCGCCCCGAUCCCUAGAAUAAACGGAAUGCCGGAAGUGCAAGACAUGAAGCUUAUCACUCCUGUACGGCGUUCAGCCAGGAUCGAGCGAGCAGUGUCCCACUACCCGGAAAUGCUGCAGGAACAUGACCUAGUGGUGGCUUCUCUCAGCGAACUCUUAGAAGUGGAAGAGACAGAGUGUUUUAUAUUCCGCAAAAAUGAGGCUUUGUCGGUAACAUUAGGGUUUCAUGUCCUUGAGUCAUAAUUUCUUGAUGUUUUUUUUUUUAAAAGAGAGACGUUUCAGAGCCUCCACGAGACAAGAAAUGCACUUACCUAGGUGGCCUGGGCUUGGAAAGUAAUUCCCUGGGCUUACUCUCAGAUUUUACAUCCCCAUGGGAAAGUUUGGUUAUUUAAGACUGCAGUUUGCCACAGCUUUACAGCAUACCUAAAUUUCAAACUUUGAAAAUUAACUUACCCCACAAGUAUGGUAAAAAUUUGAAUUUUAUUGACCUACCUUAAUCCCAACAUAGUUAUUUUUUACAUCAGGAGGUCAAUUCCACAAUAUGAUACACUUUCCUUCCUGCAUCCACCUUAGCAGAGAGGGCAAGUCCUUCCAGCAUGGAAGAUCUGAGCGUAGAAACUAGCCUUCCCCGCUAGGUGGGACGUGACAGACCAUCUGGUCAAAUCCUCUCAUUUUGCAGCUGAGUUUAUGCUGGCUGUGCCUUUCGCUCAGAGGUCACAAAGGACUUUUAUGUGUGAUCUUUGACUUCCGUCACAGAUCCUUGGAGAUGAGAGGUAAUUCACAUCCUUUCUGGGCCUGGCCUCCUUAAUGAUACACAAUCCUGAACUGGGGUGGUCAUCUAGCUUUUUAUAUUCAAACCUAAUUUUGCAUUUGUUACUGAGAAAUGCUUCAAAUAAAAACAAAAGGGAGCAGCAGACAGGGGUGGGGAAAGGACCCUUGCCUCUUCAGUUCUUUGCUCUGCUAGGGGACACCUGGCCUGAGAAGACGUCUGAGCCCCAGAGACUCUCACAGGUCGCCUUUCCUUCCUCCUGGGCAACUGCUUGUGGAAAGGUAAAAUGAGAAUCGUUGUGUAAAUAUAAUGUAUAGAAAAACCUAGUCAACGUAUUUUAGAUUUUAGUUUUCUUAAUAUUUAUGUAUCAUCUAAAAAACAAUUAACUUUUGUUCAUUCCUGGUUAUUCAUUUAUCAUAUUUAUUACAGAAAACCGUGAUGGUGGCUUGGCCUAGAGAAUUAGGGGUUUGUCUGGGGAACACCAAUAGGCUAUCCCAAGAGGCCUCACAGGGAACACCCAUUACCCUGGAGAACUCACCUUGAUGUGGAUUUUUCCAUUGUGAGGGAAGCAGAUCCAUCUCUCUAAGUCAGAUUUAUAAAAACGAGGUUCCUAAAACUGAGGUAUAAAACCAUAAUGCUAAUAGACUAACUUUUGAUGAGAAAUAGAUUGUCACCACAACCAGAAUGCAGGAAUCCACACAGCUAGGCUUUCCCUUCCCUUUAGACAGACUCACUUUACCUCUAAAGCCAAAAAAUUCCCCGGGGGGUUGCUUAGAAGUCCUGGAAGCUGAAAAUGGGGCUUGGGGAAAUCAAAUCUUCAAAAUCACGAGACAAAAAGAGCCUGAAGCUCAUCCCUCCUUGUUAGGAACGUCCUUGCCUCAGACCUCAGGCCCUCCAUCUCACGUCCAUGGACCAGUCUUCUUGACUGGGCCUGCACCGCCGCCCUUUGUGCAUUACCUGUUCUUUGGCUUCAAACGGUUCAUCCUUGCCACCUAAUGCCCACACCCCGACCCAGACCGGGAAUCAGUGUCUAUAGUGAUUUUACGUCUCUCUCCCCUCAGAGCAUCGUCUCAGUAUUACAGCUCAGUUCUCAAGAGAACAGCUUCGCUAUUGCCAGUUCCUAGCAGGACGUCUCACAGUACCACCCCGGGUACUAACAAUGUAGGCUGAACCACUGGCAUCAAAUAACGUGUAGUUUUCAAACUGACAAAUUGGAGGUUUUAAACAGCCUGAUUGGACUAAGUAGCAUCUUCAGGACAUAAAAGGAUGUGGAAGUGAUGGGGAUGGUAUAGCAACUACAGAAAACUGCACCGUGAUUCUGGAGCUCUUUGUAGAUUCUUAGUAACCCUCUUGUUUAGUAAAUAGCUGUUCCUAGAUACCUGGAGCAGGAGGGAAGGAGAGAAGGAAGGUAAGAAGCAGGCCCUUAAUCACUUGGGAGAAAGAUUCAUAGGGAAUUGCAGGGGAGAUACGGGCCUCGGCAGAAAUUAAGUCUAAUGUUCAGCUUCUUAGAAGGGGAGAGUGUAAAGGGAGUGUUAAAGGAAGAUAAAUAAGGAUGGUUAUACACUGGCAUCCGGGUGCAGAAUGACCAUGAACCCGAAGACGAGGAGAGGAGGAGGCAUGACAGUUCACAUUUAUUACUGUUUACUGGGUACAGGUACUCAUGCUGUAAAAGACAUCUGUUGUGCCUGCCUGGCAUGUAGUCCCCCUUCUAAUAAGCGUGCCCUGAUUUCCUUAGGACCACCUCUUUCCCGC